AUGUCCGCAUCCAUGUCCUCGAGCUAUCGCUCUCACGUCCCGUUGGACCCUUCGCCUCCGCUGAACCAGUCAUGCGAGAAUUGUAGGUCGCUCAAAGUGCGCUGUCUGCCGGAUCCCAACACCCCGCGCCAGUGUCAGCGCUGUACUCGGACGCGAAGAACUUGCGUGUUUGCCCAUACCCUCCGGCGUCAACCUCGGAAGAAAACCGGCUCCCGGGUCGCUCAGUUGGAGAAGGAUGUGCGAGAUUUGCGCUCAUUGCUGCACGACCAGAUGCGAGCCGAUCCGGACCGGGCCCAGAAGGAGGAUGCCGCUCCGGCUGCAGCCCCAAUUGUCGGACCGACUAGGACUUCAGCCCGCGAUGCAGCCUCCUUCGUGACGCUGCCAUCAUCCGUACAAAUAGAGGUCUCUGGCCCUCGCAGAUCGUCUGCUGCGAGCGACCCAGCUCAACACGCUAGGAGUCUAGACGGUACUUCUGCUACCAUCAACAGUAACCCAGUUAUGAUGCCAUCCCCGACUGGCUCUGGCGACGUGGUCGAUCGCGGCAUCAUAUCACACGACACGGCACAAAUGCUGGUAUCGAUCUUUGUUAACGAUCUCACCCAAUUCUACCCCGUGGUUGUGCUCCCGCCAGACACAGAUGCAGCAUUACUGCGCAGAACGAGCCCGGUGCUCUUUCUGUCCAUUAUUGCGGCGUCAUCUCUGACCCUAGACACGCAGUACUCGACUGUUCUGAACGAGGAGUUGCUGAAAGUAUAUGCCGAGCGGUUCUUUCUCCGACAGGAAAAAUCAAUCGAGCUGAUUCAAUCCAUUCUCCUGAUGCUCAUUUUCUAUUUUCCUCCAAAAUCACGUCUGCAGGGGCAGUAUUACCAAUACACCCACAUUGCCACCACCAUGGCGCUGGAACUCGGCAUUGUGGCUGGUGAAUCUGGACAAAAGAAUCGUCGUUGCCAUGGGGGCGAUGGCGACCUACCGACUGCCACCCAUAGUCUUCAGGCACGAGCAGUACUGGGGUGCUACCACUUCGCGUCCAAUAUAGGUAUUCGAACGCAUCGACCAAAUAUGCUCUGUUUCAAUGGUGUAAUCGACGGGUACAUCAGCCACCUUAGAGAGUCCGCCAACUUCCUGGAUCAGCAACUGGCAACAUGGUUCGAGAUACAGCGAAUUGUAGACGAUACAUUAUCGUCCUUGGGCCACGACAAUACACUCAUUGAGACCCCUCUGCGCGAGUCACAGAUGUUGCCGAUCUUGAAAUGGUUCGAUUCUCGCAUGCUACACUGGAAGAAGUCGGUCCCGGAAACCAUGCUCACGACAUGGAUGACCCUUGAAUACCACUACAUGUACCUCACGAUCUAUGAACUUGCAGCUGGCGAAGGCUACCGUGACCCAGACGCGCCAACGCGGAAAUACUACACACUCCCACCCUUGGAGGGUGACAUGGAAAGACAAAGGGCGAAUGUACCGUUGAGCGCGGCGCGAGUGCAAAUUAUCACGAAGUGGAUGCUGGCCGCCCACCAAAUGCUCGAUGCCUUCUUACAAUGCGACACCGCCACCCUGCGCCAGCUACCCAACAUGUCCUAUACCCGUAUGGUCCUGGGUGUCUCGUCUCUGCUGCGGAUCUAUCACACGUCUCAGUUCGGCCCUCUCAGCGAGGUGAUUCCUUCCCAAAUGAUCAAUGUCGACGGAUAUCUGGACCGUGUAUCUCAGGCGCUCCUGCGAGCCAGCGGAGACCGGAAGUACCGCGUUCCGAGCAAAUGGUACCAUGUUGUUGCUAUCAAGAACCGGGACUGGUAUGAGCAGCUUCAAAGACGAAUCAUCGCUCGUCCGGUGGAUAGUCAUGCUUAUCUGCGCGGCGGAGUCGCUCCAGCGGGUCUCCCUAUGUCGGAGUCCCAGAGGGGCCCAAGUUCAGCCGCGAUCUUACCCUCGCUCGGGGACGGAGUGGCUGGCCCUGCGUAUGCGGAUUCGUGGUAUGUAGAAGAUCCCGUGGGGAGGAUCGACUCAUCACGAUCAUUUCCUCCUGUGAACGCGCCGCUUUCGUACAUGAACCCGAUGCAGCCAGCAGCGGGAGACGUCGAGGGGGCGACGUUUCCACCGCCCGACGAGCAUGGAGACUGGCGGCUAGAUGAGUCUAUGCAUCAGGGUGUCACAUUUCCCUAUUGA